UGAAUUUUCACAAAUCGCUAAUAUUUUGAGGAGGAAGUUUUCUCUCUUCAUUUGAAUAAGUUGUAAUAUACAGUUUAAUUGUAUUCGGCAUCAUUCGAAAACUGUACACCAUGUACACAGACAAUGAAUAAUUGACAACGAUAUUGUAGCCAGCAUACACAUUCUGAUAAAAUAGAGGAAACAGGUUAUUUGUUGAUCAGAAUGGCAGGUAUUCAACCACAGAACUUCAUAGAAUGGCAGCUGCAUUGUGUUCUAAAAAGAGCAAGCCUUCUUCAAUAUUAUGACAGUUUUAUCAGACAAGGUGAAUCCGAUGUUCUGCAGUUAUCUGAAGCAGACGAUAAUAAAUUUAAAGACGUCAUGGAGAAGGUUGGAAUGGCAAAGAAAUCGAUACAUGUUCGUCAGUUCAAAAACACGUUACUUGAAUGGAUGAAAGAUCCAGGAAAGGAUUCGAGUGUACCUAGCUACAUAACGACAGACCGAGACUCUAGAAUGCCUCCAGCUCCAAAAAGCUUGAAUCUUCAAGCUGCAAGAUGGUCACGGCCUGAUAAGACUCCUAUGGUACAAAAGUUACAAAAAUCUACACAAGGGAACCCUACAAAAGACAAAGAUCAGCUUACAAGCGAUAAAUCAGAAAAGAAGGAGUUGCUUCAGCAACCUUACACAACGCAAUAUAAAACACACAGUGAAGUCAAAGAUCAGAAACAUUAUGAACAUCCCGACCUUACGCGUUACUAUGAUGAGUUAUUAGAUAACACAGUUCUUGACAAGAUGGUUCUGGAUAACCUCAUUUCCAGAUGUAUUUUAAUGAUAGAGGACAGAGAAGAAAUUAUCAAACCAACAACACAACGUGAACGUAACAAGGUUCUACUAGAUAUCUUGACUGAACGACCAUAUUCUACCUUCCAUUUGUUCAAGGAUGUCUUACAUGAAUCUGAACCAUCCAAUAGUUGUGUUCAAGAGAUUGUCAGGAAAAUGAUGAGUACUGAAAGUAGGGACGAACACAUUAGUUACCAAGGACAGGAGAUUCUUUUAAAUAAACACAAAGUUAAACUACAAAAGAAUUACAAGAUGUUUGUCCAUGGUGUUGACUCCAAAACAGACAUAGCUGACCACCUGUAUCAGUCUGAUGUUUUGAAUACUGAAGAAAAAGAGGAAAUUUGUAAUUCUUCACUCACUCAACAGGAAAGUAAUAGACUUUUAUACAACAAAUUGAUUCGCAAAGGUGGAGAUGCAUACACACACCUUCUUGAAGCUGUAAGACACGGAGAAUAUGAGGAUGUUGCUUCAGAAAUGGAGAACACAGAAUUGUCAGAUCAAGAUAUACAAUUGUGUCAAAUAGGAAUGAAGAAACUCAAAGACAGACAUGAGAAAAAAGAUAUUCUAAUGAGUCACGAUGAAGUUAUACCUAAACAUAUACUUGAGCAGUUUGAAAAACGCUUGGAACAGUGGAAAAAGGAUGAUCAACAGUUUGUUAGCACUGAAGCAGAGAAACAUGUAAUGCAAAAAGUUUUGGCACAAAGUUCAGUAACACUGGUUGGAAAUUCUGGCACUGGAAAAAGUUUUCUUUCUAAACACAUUGCCCUCAUGAUGACGAUACAUGGCUAUACUGUUAUUCCAUGCAGUAAACCAGAAGAUAUUGGAAAAUGGUUUAAACAUGGGCGGAAAACAUUGUUUGUCUUUGAUGAUGUCUGUGGCAGAUAUACUCUUAAUCAACAAAUUUACACUGACUGGAAACAAAGUCUUGAUCACAUAAAAUCUCUUCUUGUAGACAAAUGUUGUAAAAUCAUCUCUACAUGUAGAUUGGAGGUUUACAAAGAUGAACUAUUUAGUAAUCUCUCUAUUUUCAAAAUGUGUAACAUCGAUUUAAGUUCAGACGAAUUCAAACUUAGUGCUGCUGAAAAAGUUGCUUUAGCUGAAGUGUACUUUAAAGAAAAUACUGAUGAAGUAAAUGAAUUGUCAGAAAAAUAUGACUUUUUCCCACUGUUAUGUAGCUUAUAUCAUAAACAGAACCUCCAGAAGAAUGUUAGCGUUACCUCUUUUUUUAGCAAUCCUUUUGAAAUUUUCAAAGAUCAACUUGUACAAAUGUAUGGAGAAAGUGAUGCUGGAAAGAUGCAGUAUUGUAGCUUAGUCCUUUGUGUGAUGUUCAAUAACACAUUAACAGAAGAAAACUUGUCACAAAAAAAUAAGAAGAUGGGAGCAAUUAUAGAAGAUUUACUAGAAGAAUGUGAACUGAAUAAAGGAACAUCCAUCAAACGCUUAAAGACAUCUCUUGAAACUCUUGAAGGUACCUAUGUGGUCAAGGAGGAUAAUAAUUACAAAAUAAUCCAUGAUAAGUUGUUUGAUUUCCUUGCCAAAUACUUUGGGGAGAAGAUGUUCGAGAUUUUUAUUGAUCAUGCUAAUACUGGUUUAAUUAGAGAGCGAUUUCUUUGGAAGAUAACAAAUAACAUGGGCCCAGAAAUAGAGUUUGUAAUAGGAAUACCUGAUAAAUAUAUAGAUAGAUAUAUAGAAAGGUUACUGACAGACUGGGAGAACGGUUAUGUAAUCAGUGUAUGUCUCAACAGAAACAUGAAGUCUACAACAUUUACUGAAAACUUGGUAACUCAUUUAAACCAACUUGAUCUAUCAAAACAGGAACAACUUGUUUGUACUAAAGAUAUUCACAAUAAAGAUAUAGCACUAGGAGGAAGUUGUUAUAUGGGUACUAUUGACCUUGUCAAAUGGUUGAUAAGUAGGAACAGUGACAUUAAUUAUUGUAGAGAGGAUGGUUGGUUUCCUUUAUUAUGGGCAAGUCAUGAAGGACAUGUUGAUGUUGUUAAAGAACUGUUACAACAUACAGCUGAUGUCAAUAAGUGUGAGAAUAAUGGUGUAUCACCUCUGUAUAUAGCAAGUCAGGUAGGACAUGUUAAUGUUGUUAAAGAACUGUUACAACAUUCAGCUGAUGUCAAUAAGUGUAACAAGAAUGAUGCAUCACCUCUGUGUAUAGCAAGUCAAAAUGGACAUGUUGAUGUUGUUAAAGAACUGUUACAGCAUUCAGCUGAUGUCAAUAAGUGUGCCAAUGAUGAUACAUCACCUCUGUAUGUAGCAAGUGAGAAAGGACAUGUUGAUGUUGUUAAAGAACUGUUACAACAUUCAGCUGAUGUCAAUAAGUGUAGAAAUGAUGGCACCCCACCAUUACAGAUUGCUUGUUAUAACAACAUGAUAGAGGUUGUACGUGUACUUCUUCAGUGUCAUAAUGUUGAUGUUGAUCUCUGUGAUGAUGGUGGAUGUUCCUCACUUUAUUGGGCAAGUCAGAAAGGACAUGUUAAUGUUGUUAAAGAACUGUUAAAACAUUCAGCUGAUGUCAAUAAGUGUAACUUUAAAGGUAAAAAUUCUCUCAAUGUAGCACAGGAGAAAGGACAUAUAGAAAUAGAAUCAUUGUUAAAGGGAAAAGGAUUAAAUCAACUUGUAUACAUGUCAAAAUGAGCAAUCCAAGUGAGAGUGGCAAAGGAAGUUUUUUUUUAUUGUUAGAAUUUGGACAUGUUCAUACAUAAGAUUUCAUUUACUCAAAUCCCUCAUAUAGCAUGUUAAGCUGAAAAUACUUUAUAGUUUGAAGUAUUGGCACUAGUCAAUACAUUGUACUUCUAUUAACCAGUAGCUGGUUUUUUUUUGUUUUUUUUUUCUUAAUAGUAUUGUUAGGUUCGUGUCUAUAUCAAUACAUUUCUUUUUAUGCAUAUAUACAAAUCGUGUCUUUCCGAAUAAUUGGAAUGAUUUUUGUGAAAAUACUGUUACAUAAGAUAAGGUAACUAGCUCAUCACUUUUUUUUUCUCAAUAAAACAAAAUAAGCAAAUUA